AUGCGAUUGCCGUCAAUGCCGCUGUCGAGAGAAGGAAAUAGCAACAAUGAGGUCAUCAUUCCAGUAUCGAAGAGACAGGCCUCGCGAGUAUCAAUUGUUCCUGCACGUGACACAUUCCCUAUUCCUCAAGGGAUUGAGGCUCUUGGUGGAGUAAUCCACGAAAUCGAUUACAGAAGAGUGAGUGGAAUCACAUGGAAACUCCUACCUCAGCGCAUCCAGUAUGCUAUUGAUAGUGAAUUUAUCGCUCAUCUACUUUCGCUAUUUUUCGUGUUGAUCAUAGUUAAAAGGGCUGUUUUAAUCAUUCACGAAAGAGAGAACGGAACCAUUGCAAUUCUAGAUUCUCAUUCCCAUAUGCAAAGAAAGAGAGGUGCCGAAAAUGAGAAUGCUACAAAAAAGAUUCCAUAUCCUCUCCUUCUCAUUUAA